GUGGGGGUCCUCGCGAAUUCUAGGUAUCACAUUCUCUUACACUCGCAUCUCUAUCACGGAUCCUUACCUCCUAUAUUUGGAUAAUUCUUUUGUCACGAGAAUCAAGGCAAGUCAGCUUGGCUUGAUCUGUCCCCUUCAUAAUCUCAUAUCAUCCCGCGAGCUACCAAGCCACCUACCCUUUGCAGCUCAAGCUCCCUUGCCGGUUACCCCCAAAAUCUGUUGCCAUCCUCCACGCUCCAAUAUAACUCCAUAGUCUAAAGCGUCUAAGACACUCAUUAGCUUCGAUUUUCAGUCAAUAUCCCACUUCAUCCCGCGCCACUAGACGUCAUUGCUUGACAAUGGCGCCCUCCGCAAUGGCUGAUAUCGCACCAAUGCAGCUACCCGUUUACUCAAAACACUCGAACAAGGUCAAUGCCUCCGUCUUGCAUGGGCCUCGAGAUCUUCGAUUGGAAGUUCGAAAUAUCGAGGAGCCGGGCCCUGGUGAGCUUCAAAUCGCUAUCAAAUCUACGGGUAUCUGUGGCUCCGAUGUCUCCUAUUAUAAGAAAUUCGCCAAUGGGGAUCUUUGCGCCUGUGCUCCGCUGUCCCUAGGUCACGAAUCAUCUGGAACGGUUGUGGCUAUCGGAUCCCAAGUUAAUGGGUUCAGGGUUGGUGACCGUGUCGCUUUGGAGGUUGGUGUCCCGUGCGGUCAAUGUGGUAUCUGCAGAAAAGGCAGGUAUAACCUUUGUAAAAGGAUGCGAUUCAGGAGCAGUGCCAAGAGUAUCCCCCACUACCAGGGAACACUUCAGGAGCGAAUAAAUCAUCCGGCCAACUGGUGCCAUAAGCUUCCGGAGCAUGUCUCCUUCGAAGCUGCUGCCCUCCUUGAGCCACUCUCUGUUGCAAUCCAUGCUGUAAACCGCGCCAGUCCCACGCCGGGAUCUACAGCUCUGGUCAUCGGCGCCGGGACUGUAGGUCUUCUAACUGCUGCAAUGGCGCGACAAUCUGGUUGCACGUCUGUCACCAUUACUGAUGUGGACGCCGGGCGUGUUAAUUAUGCCAUCAAAAAAGGUUUCGCCACUCAUGGUUUUGUCGUCCCUCGCCCAUCACGCAGCAACUCGUCCGUCUACACAGAUUCUGGAAGUUCAACCCCAUUGGAGUCCGGUGCCACGACGCCUGCAAGCCUAUUUCCUAGCACCAUUCACGAUCAACUUGAAAGUGCCAAAAGUUUAGCGUUGGAAAUACUCUCCUUGACGAAGCUACCGGCUAACUUGCAGGACGAUGACGAAGAUGAGGGCGUUGACGUAACAUUCGAGUGUACUGGCAAAGAGGCGUGCAUGCAUACGAGCUUGUAUGCUACUCGGCCUGGUGGCAAGGUCAUCAUGGUCGGUAUGGGUACACCAAUACAGACUCUCCCAAUGUCUGCUGCGCACCUAAGAGAAGUAGACAUCUUAGGAAUUUUCCGGUAUGCAAAUACUUACGGAACAGGCGUAAGAUUACUCUCUGCUCAGCGGUAUUGCGGGGCGGGUUUCACUCUCCCAAGCCUCGACGAUAUGGUAACCCAUAAGUUCAAAGGCCUCGGUGCUGCAAAAAAGGCGUUCGAGCUUGCCAGCAAGACCGUGGAUGACGACGGUAAUCUCGUACUAAAAGUCGUCAUCGAGGCUUAAUUCGCAUAUUCAGCGAUUGGCGAUACACGCGCCAGUGUCGGGAUCUUGGAUAUCCUUUCUCAUGAUCACCUCAUUUAUAACUUCCUAACAACGGUAUAGAAUAUUAACGAAGAAAAGAAAAGAAAAAGCAUGAAAGACUUGGGGGUGGCAUUGCACUGAUGAUUCGGGGAAGCAUGGCU